AUCUCUCUCAACCAUUUCCACAUCGCAGUAUUUCUCCAUUGUUCCAAACCCUCAAAACAGCUCCCAAAAAGACAGUGUUCUAAAUCACAGAGUAGAGAAAAACAAAAAUGACGGAGGCAAUGAUUAGGAAGAAAGCCGGUAUGGCUAGUGUGAAAGACAUGCCUUUAUUGCAAGACGGUCCACCACCGGGCGGUUUUGCACCGGUUCGAUUCGCUCGUCGGAUCCCUAACACCGGUCCAAGUGCUUUGGCCAUUUUCCUCACUGCUUUUGGUGCUUUCUCUUGGGGUAUGUACCAAGUCGGCGUUGGAAACAAGAAGCGUAGGGUAAUAAAGGAAGAAAAGUAUGCUGCUCGAAGGGCUAUCUUGCCCAUGCUUCAAGCUGAAGAGGAUGAAAGAUUCGUUAAAGAGUGGAAGAAGUAUCUUGAAGAAGAGGCUAGAAUCAUGAAGGAUGUUCCCGGUUGGAAAGUUGGUGAAAGUGUUUACAACUCUGGAAAAUGGAUGCCUCCAGCAACCGGAGAGCUUCGUCCUGAUGUCUGGUAAUAUGUUGGCAGAGACGACGAAAACUGUUUUGUUUCAGUGGAGUUCAUAGUUUCCUUUGGAUUUCUUUCCUCAUCGGAAUAAAAUGUAUCUGCAAAAUCUGUGCAAAUGUUUAGAAUGAAGUUACAUGAUUUGCUUUAACGCGGUUGUUCUCCGUCCUAUCUCAUGGAAGUUUGGAUAAUCAGAGACAAUGCUAGUUCCAUAUUCUCCUAAUGUUCCUAUAUUUUCAGAUGUUCUUUUCAGUUACUGGGAAAUGUUUCCUUAACCCCUUUUCCAGUUACCUCAAACAUAGCAAGAGGCCAAAUCUAGCAGUGGCUAUUGUUGGAUGUUACUGAUAUUGAGCUAUAUACUAAAGAUUGUUUUCCUAA